AUGACUAGAACUAACAUCUCUGUGCAAAGCAAUGGAAGAAAACGCCUGAUCCGUGGACAUACGUUUGCCCAUGAAGAGUCCCCGUAUAGUAAAGGCAAACAAAGUGAAAAGACUCGACGGGACCGUGGCUGCUAUUCACAACGCCGUUGGUCACAAUACUGUCGCAGAAAAGAGCGACGCAUCAGUGCUGUCUACCCCAUGAACCAGACAUCGUCAAAUGCAAUCACUUCUGUGAAAGUCCUACUGGAUUCCCAACGUCUGGUCAGCAAUGCCAAAGAGACAUGCCUAAGAUAA